GGAGCACCAAGCAACUGCUGGCUGCAUGGGGUGACAAGGGACAGAGCAGUUCUGGAGUGCAGGGCAGAUUUUGCCACAAACCUUUGUGCAACCAUGUCUUCUAAAGAUAUAAAAGAAGAGCUGGAGAACAUGGGGCAAAAACUUUUGACAAAAUUAAGGCAAAUCCCUCAGGCAGACACUGUGGAAAUAAUUUCAUUCACCAUCAUCCUUGUUUUUAUUGCUGCAGUGUUGGUGAUUGUAAUUGUAGCGUGUUCCGGCUGUUGUUGCACCAAUAAGAAGCGUGCUAUCCGGGUUCAGCCAAAAGGUGAGGUGUGA